AUGUCGUGUCCACUCAGGCUGCGUGGCUCUGGACGCGUCAGCGGCGCUUCUGACCCACAGAAGGAGUGUCCCGAGGUGUGGUACGUCCGUCCCGCUCCACCUGCCCUCAUGAACAUCAUGGCCGCUUCGGUCAGUCAUCUUCUCCCGCUGCGCCUCGUGCUUCUGGACGCCCUGAUGUCAGAUUUCACCAUUCUGGUAGACGCUUAUAUGAGCAGCUGUCACCACCAGUCUCUUCAGACUGAGCAGGGUGAAGGAGCGCUCCCAGCGGUGGUGGAGGAGCUGUUAGCGGUGCGUCAGGAGCGGAUGGACUGGGCGGCUCGACGGUACUCUCUGACCGACGCCGGCCUGCUGAGACGCUCCAGCUUCACUCACACCGAAGUUACUCUAAAAAAGCCUGAUAAACCUGUUUGAACUUUUUUUCUGUAAAAGAAAUGUUUUCAAAAGAAGAUGGAAGUUUAGUUUGUUCAGCUGGAGUUCUUUACACUCAGUUUCUUAACUCUGUGAAGAGUGUUUUGUUACAGGUUUGGUUUGUAUUAAAAAGCCUGUUCUGCCUCCGUG